AUGGUCAAACUGCCAAGGGGAUGGAAGUUAGAGAAACAGGCAGCCCUGAGCGAGCCGAUAUCUUUAACGAUUCUGCUGAAGCAGCCCCGAAUGGACGAUUUAAAAUCUAGACUGGAGGAAAUCAGCGACCCGGCUCAUCCCGAAUAUGGACAUCACUUCUCCAGGGAACAAUUGGAAGCAUACCGAGCAGCAGAUCUCGACGCUGUUCAGUCCGUGUAUGCAUGGCUAGAGAAAAGCGGAUUCGAGAACAUGACAGUAUCAAACUCGUCUAUCAGCUUCACGGAUACUGUUUUUUACGUCGAAGACCUGUUUAACACCACUGUGGGCCACUACUCCUUUGACAAUUCAGCAACACGGCUUCGAGCGGAGUCGUACUCCAUCCCCGAAUCGCUGUCUGGCUACAUCGACUUCAUCCACCCCUUAACGCACUUCAUGCCACCAACAUAUUUACGGCUCGAACCUCAUCCUCUUCCUCCUCUCCCGCCGCCUCCGCCUCCGCCGGACAAUCCCAUUGACGUCCCCAUUCCACCCGACCCAUCAGCCGUCCACUCCCGCCAAAGCCCUCAACCCUGCCCCUCGGGCCUCGUCACCCCUUCCUGCCUCAAAACGCUCUACAACCUCACCACUCCCCCUCCACCACCCCUUUUCUCCCCCUCCCCCGUCCACCUAGGCAUAACCGGCUUCCUAGACCAAUACAUCAACGCCGAAGACGUCUCUACUUUCCUCAGCAAACACGCCCCUGACCUCCACGCCGCAAACUACUCCUUCUCCGUCAUCCUCGUGAAUAAUGGCACGAAUCCGCAAACCCCCCUCAGCACAGCCGGCCUCGAAGCCAGCCUCGACAUGCAGUACGCCAUGGCGCUCGGGUACCCCUCUCACGUGACGUACUACUCUGUCGGCGGACGAGGGGCGAAACUCGAUGCUGAAGGGAAACCCAUUGAUGCGGCGAGAAGCGAUAACGAGCCUUAUCUUGAAUUUUUGGAAUACCUGCUUGCGCUCCCGGAUACGGAACGACCGCAGGUGUUGAGUAUUUCGUACGCCGACGACGAGCAAUCGGUGCCUUAUCCCUACGCAGUCAGGGUAUGUGAUCUCUUCGCGCAGCUUACUGCACGGGGGACCACGGUCCUCGUUGCCUCGGGGGACGGCGGGGUAAUGGGGACGGGGCAGAAUGGAUGUUAUAGCAAUGACGGGCUCAAGACCGAGGAGUUCAUACCUACGUUCCCGGCGUCGUGUCCUUACGUCACGGCCGUGGGGGCCACAGGGGAACAGAGGCCGUUCCAAGGAAUGAGCUUCAGCGCGGGCGGCUUCAGCAAUUACUUUGAGGCGCCCGGGUGGCAGAAGACGGCUAUAGAAGGGUAUAUACAGGCGCUCACGGGGAACCAUGUUGGGUUGUAUAAUAAUAGUGGGCGGGCAGUGCCGGAUCUAAGUGCGGUGGGCACGGGGUUUGUGAUCGAGUGGAGGGGAGAAGAGACGGGGGUCUUGGGGACGAGUGCGAGUACGCCGGUUGUGGCGGCCGUGAUGGCGAGGAUUAAUGAAGCAAGGUUGAGGGCGGGAAGGAACAGUACUGGGUGGCUGAAUCCGGCGAUUUAUUUGUCGCCUGUAAGGCAGGUGUGGGAGGAUGUGGUGGGCGGAACGAGUCAGGGGUGUAUGUUUGGGACUGAGAUUGAGACGGGGUUUGAGGCGCUUGCUGGGUAUGACUGUGUGACUGGGGUUGGAACUAUAGGAGACUUUGACAGCUUAUUGGCGCUCUUGGGUUGA